GUACCAACCCGCUGAAUAGACAGAAGUUGGACAUGAACAAACUGUCCCAAUUGCCGAUCAAGAGUUUUGUGCGGCUGGCUUGCGGGGGUGUCGGUGUUGAUUCGGAUACCACCUGGAAUGAACUCCAUACCGCACCUGCGGCCAGGAUGGCUGUCGGGUGUGUCGUCGAACUGGCCAUGAAAACUGCAAUGGGAGACAUGAAGAAUGGCAUGGCGGUAGUAAGACCUCCAGGUCACCACGCGGAGACCUCACGGCGAUGGGCUUUGUUUCUUCAACUCUGUGGCCAUAGCUGCCAGGUGCUGCUGCAAAAAGACUUGAUGAGGCGGAUACUUAUAGUUGAUUGG